AUGGAGACAGAGGAGGGGCGUGGCUCGCCGUGGCGCGUCAAGUCGGAGCCGGUGACGCGCGGCGAGCUGCAGCUGGAGCUGCGGCAGCUCGCAGCCUCUCUGGAGGCGGCCCUGGAGUCCUGCGCGGAGAAAGGCGCCAGAGCCUUCCACGAGAAAGCGGCCAAGAGCUCGGAGAUCGAGGCGCAGUCAGAGGAUGCGACCCCGCCAGCUGCGCCAGCGGCGGCCGUGCCGGCAGCACCGGUAGCGGCAGCGCCGGCAGCGCCGUCGUCGGCAGCGGCGCCUGCAGGGGACCAUGAGCAGCCUUGA